AUGGCAGCCGACGAAAGGAAUAUGCCUUUCAUUAAACACCUUGCGUCUAGCGAUCGCAAAAUACGCACUUCCGCCCUCGACACUCUUCGCACGUUCCUGACGGCGCCAACCACCGCGCGGAAGCUGACAGAACUAGACUACCUAAAGCUAUGGAAAGGCCUUUUCUACAGCGUCUGGAUGUGUGACCGCCCCAUACCCCAACAGAACCUAUGCGCCGAGCUCGCCGAUCUCUUGUCCGUACUGCCCGCCCCGAACGAUGACGAAUGCGCCGUCGUUAUCCCUUUCCUCCGCGCUUUCUGGGCCACGCUCUCUCGCGAAUGGACUGCCAUUGAUGUUUUGCGCAUGGAGAAAUAUUUGCUGCUAGUGCGUCGCGUAUUUGGUGCUAGCCUUGCCUGGGUAGGAGACGGAAGGAAGGGCAAGAAAGGCCAGAAGCGGGCUGGCGCACGUGCCGACGGAAUGCUUCGAUUGUUGGAGGAAUGGCCACUCGAGAAAACGGGCGAUCUGGCCAAAGUCCCUGUUGGCUUGCGAUUGCACGUGUUGGAUAUCUGGGUCGACGAGGCAGAGAAGCUGGAACUAUUAAUUACGGAAGAUGAGAGCCUGGCGGAUUCUGGUGAUUUUUUAUCAAGCCUGCGUCGUAUCGUCGAGGUGCAAUCUAAGUCUACUUGCAAACCCGUACGAGUUAGAGCUGAGGAAUCUUUGGCUGACGAGAGGUUACCGUGGAACAAAGUUAGCUCGCCAGACGAAGAAAUGGCCGAAGAUGACGGGAAUGGUAGGGAUGGUUGGGGUGGAUUCGACGAUUGA